AUUGCGCGCGCAUUGAGCGAGUUAAGUGUUAAUCAUCUCCAGUCCCCAUUCAUGUAUUUGCUGUUCAUACUGACGUUGGGCUACACGUGUAAACCAUGUCAGUGGACAAGACGAACUACCCACCGCAGAAAAAGACCACAAACGGCUGUGGGAGUUGGUCCGGGACAUGCACACACUUCAAGCCAUCACGGGGGUUGGUAGCGCUGUCGGUAGUGGUCGUCAUUGUCAUUGCUGCCACCUUUGUCGUGUGGACCAACGACUUCAUAAGAGUCAGGUUGAACAAAAACAUAGGACUCGAGAACAACACUUUGUCCUACAGGAUGUGGGAAAAGCCACCUGUAUCGCCGAUCAUGGCCGUCUAUAUUUUCAACUACACCAACGCUAACGAGUUCCAGAAAGGAAUCGAUAAGAAACUUAAGGUUCAAGAAGUGGGACCUUACGUCUACAGGGAACAUGCUGAGAAAGUGAACGUCGUCUUCAACCCAAACGGAACAGUGUCCUAUCAACAGAAGACGUCCUUUAGCUACGUACCGGAGUUAUCGGCUGGUCACAGACCUCGCCAGGAGUACAUCACAGUGCCAAAUAUACCUCUCCUGGUCAGUAUGACAAACCGCAAGAACGGGAUACUGAGAAACCGCGUUACAAUGUACACCGGUAAGGAGGACGUGCAGAUGUUGGGAGUGAUAUCGAGGUUCAACGGCGAAGAGCGACUUCACCACUGGAGCGGCAAAGAUUGUAACCGGAUUGACGGAACGGAUGGAUCGCUGUUUCCACCCAACCUCGUGAAACGCAACUCGACCAUCCACGUCUUCAGCGGGGAAAUCUGCAGGCGGUUUCCACUGGAAUACAGCGAGGAUAUUAUAGCCCACGGCAGAUUCCCAGCUCUGAGGUUCCGGGCGCCUCGUGACGUGUUCGCAAACCCUGACGUCAACCCGGAAAACGCGUGCUAUUGUCACCCCGACACCGAGACAUGUCCGCCUUCCGGGAUAUUCAACGCCUCGCCAUGUGCUUUCGGUGCACCAGUCAUGAUAUCUUUCCCGCACUUUUACCUGGGUGACCCCAGCCUCCUGCAGACGGUAGAAGGGCUGAAACCCGACCCCCAGAAACACUACGGAUACUUGGAUCUUCACGAGGAGUUGGGCGUGCCUCUGGAUGGCAAAUCCAGGUUUCAGUUAAAUAUGAUGGUCAGAUCGUCUUCCACGCUGCGACAACUUGCAAACUUCAAAGACGGAUCCAUACUGCCCAUUGCUUGGUUUGAUGUGGGAAUCGAAGGACUGCCAGAAGAGAUCAUGGACUUGUUGUACCACGUGACCUUCACGACGCGCCAUAUUCAGCUAGCCGUGCAGUACGUGCUCUUGGUGAUGUCGAUCGUUUUGAUUUACGUUCUUGCACGAAGCAUACGUUCCCGGCCCACAGUGACUGCUUCUUCCGACGUCAUCUCACCCAUAUGAUGGCCAUCUCACCCAUAUGAUGGUCAUCUCACUCACGUGAUGGCCAUCUCACCCAUAUGAUGGCCAUCUCACCCAUAUGAUGGCCAUCUCACCCAUAUGAUGGCCAUCUCACCCAUAUGAUGGCCAUCUCACUCACGUGAUGGCCAUUUCACCCACGUGAUGGUCAUCUCACCUACGUGAUGGCCAUCUCACCCAUGCGAUGGUUAUGUCGGCGCCUGCAUGAAGGUCGUGUGGUUCUUUUGCUGGAUUCUGUACUAUUAGUAUUUAUAUCUCAUGUCCUCAGGGUCCUGCCUCAAAAUUUCACGCCUCUCAUUAAUUUUGGGCCCAUCUUCCGGCGACACUAAUGAGUGAACUUUUUAGCGUCCGAAGCUUCUAACUAUUUCUGAAUUAAGCUUCUGAAUUUACGUACCGGUUUCACAUGUGUAUGGAUGGAAACUGUUAUGUUCAUUAUCGUCCAACAUUAACUUCUUGAUCUCCCUUCUUCAGUUUAUCAACCAUGUUUUCUUCAAAUAUAUUGUCUCUCUGUAAUAUAUUUUUCUUCAUACUGUCUACCGAAAAUGCAUAUAUUUUCAAGACGGUAAUCGAGUCCACAAGAGGUUAAAAUUCAGAAGACCUUCAUCGAAUUGUUUUUUUUUUAAAAAAAAGGCCCUUCUGUUGCUAUCUCUGUCCGUGGUCCAUCCAGCAGCUCUCAUCUCCGUACUGACCAACCGUCUUGUUCUC